CUGGGGCCCUUGGCAAGGGCUGGAGUGCCACUCGGAGAUUUCCAUGAGGCUGGGAGAGACCCUGAAAAACGCGAACGCGCUCGAGAACCUGGCCAAUCAUGGCAGACUGUCCCACCAAAAAAGCUAUUCCCUUUUCGAUUUGCCAUCUGAAUCGCACUUUUACAUGCUCAACUAUCUCCCACAUCACGCCCCGGUGAGCUGAACAGCAUGGCAACCCAAGACGCUGCGGGUAUUCCUCUCACGCAUGCCGCGGAUGGAGUGGGCUACAAGCUGUUGGAGCUACCCUCGGAACUGCUGGCUCUUCUCGAAUCCGAAAACCCCCCUGUGUUGACCUUAGAGUCGUCCACAACCUCAGCUGUCCUCAAACACGGUAGCCAGACUUGGUCUCUUCGGCAGAAGAACACAUCCAAUGCCCUCAUGCUCCUGUCCCCUUGUGAGACUGCGGCGUCGUCUUCAGAUAUUCCUCAAGCCGGACUCAAGAUUAUAUCCACAGUCCAUGACAUGGUGGAGCUUACCACCGAAGGCGCGUCCGGCGCUGCUCCUGUUGCCAGGGGAAAGUGGCAUGAGAUGUUUGCUCGAGGCAGGUGACAGACAAGAGAGAAUAUGGGCAAGUCAAGUACCGGUUUUUUCUUCAAAUGGUAAUUUGAAUAAGUCUUGGUGCUGGUGUGCUUAAUGGCAAUGAUCUUUUGCUGCUCAAGAUUGUUCAUGGAUGAGCAUGGAUGG